GAUUGAUGACGUGAGUGAUACCACUCUGUUUAAAAUGUUUAUUCAUAAUUUUUUUUUAUAUAAAUAUAUAUCUGUACAUUUCAAUUCAAUUUGAAUCGUCUUGUGUAGAGGACUCGUUGAAGUUUACAACUCAGGUUUCAAUGGUCUAAGUUAAUUCUUCAUUUAACAUGGCUGAUGAAGUAUAUAUAGUAUCUGCUGUCCGUACACCAAUAGGUUCAUUUGGCGGUUCAUUGUCGUCUUUGAAAGCUCAUCAAUUAGGCUCCAUAGUGAUUUCAGAAGUACUUAAAAGAGCUAAUGUCAAUUCAAAUGAAGUGUCUGAAGUUAUUCUUGGACAGACCCUUACAGCUGGACAAGGUCAAAAUCCAGCAAGACAAGCUUCGAUAAAUGCUGGAAUUCCAAUCACUGUACCUGCUCAUGGUAUCAACCUGCUCUGUGGAUCUGGGCUGAAGGCUGUGGUUCAUGGAUACCAGUCAAUCAAAUGCGGAGAUUCUUCAAUUGUCAUUGCAGGUGGCCAAGAGAGCAUGAGUAACGCUCCUCAUGUUGUAAAUUUGCGAUCUGGUAUCAAAAUGGGUAACACAGAAUUGAUAGAUACGAUGCUAUACGAUGGUUUGACAGACGCAUUUAACAACAUACAUAUGGGCAUAACUGCUGAAAAUAUUGCUGAACAGUAUAAUAUUUCAAGGGAACUUCAAGACAAUUAUGCUUUUGAGUCUCAGAAACGGACAGCAGAAGCUCAAAAAAAUGGUUACUUCAAAGAUGAAAUAGCACCUGUUGAAGUGAAAAUGCGACAGAAUACCAUCGUAUUUGACACAGAUGAAUAUCCAAGAAAUGAUAUAACUUUAAAUUCAUUAUCUGCAUUGAAACCAGCUUUUAAACCUAAUGGUGGUGUAGUCACUGUCGGAAAUGCAUCAGGAAGAAAUGAUGGUGCUGCAGUAGUUCUUUUAAUGAACGGAGAAGAAUGUAAAAAACGAGGUUGUACUCCAAUGGCUAAAAUCGUUGCUCAUGCUGUGUGCGGGCUUGAUCCAAAAAUAAUGGGUAUGGGACCAGUACCUGCUGUGUUUAAGACGAUUGAAAAAGCUGGUUGGACAAUGGAUAGCGUGGAUAUUUUUGAAUUAAACGAAGCAUAUGCUGCACAUUCAAUUGCUGUAGAGCGUGAUUUAGGAAUAACUUCAGAGAAAGUAAAUGUUAAUGGAGGUGCCAUUUCAUUGGGUCAUCCUAUCGGAGCAUCUGGUGCUCGAGUAUUGGUUACGUUGGUGCACAUAUUGUUGAGGACCGGCAAAAAACGAGGAAUAGCAUCCUUAUGUAUUGGCGGAGGUAUGGGUAUUGCUAUAGCUAUCGAGACAUUAUAAUCAAUGAUCACUUAAUUGUUCUCUGUACUAGUACAUCAGAUUGGUACAUUACUGAGGGAAUAUUAUAUACUGUGCAUCAUCCAACAAAGGAAAAUUAGUUUAGCUAAAAUCAGGGUUGAUAAUUUUUUUUAAUCAUGUUAAUUUCACAAAAAUUAAUUCUAUUUAAAAUGUUUUUUGUUAAUGGGUUAUGAUCAAGUUUUUAGUGUUUAUUAUUGUUAAUAAUUUAAAUUUUUGAUUAUUGUUAAUUCACAUUAAAAUUCCUUUUUUAGAAUAUUAUCCUGUAUUCAAAGUAUUGUAUUUUUAAAUACACCAGUCCAAUUAAGAUUUUUUAAGAUGAUAAAUUUAAGCAAAAAAUGCUGCUUAAGUGCUGCCCUAGGCGUGGGUAAUGCGUAAUACUAGAGUUUUCAUGCAUCAUAAUGUAUAGUGUACUUUUAUAUAUCAAUACCAGACAGCGGUGUAAAAUUAUACUUAGAUAAUUAUCUGAAUAAUAGUCGUAGUAUAGUUCUUCCCAAAUGUGCCAAACAUUUUUGAAAAAAUUAACUUGACAUAGAUUGUAAUUUGUAGUUCAUUUUUAUAGUUAAUCAUUAACUGAACAAUAGACUUUUACUUUUUAUGACGAUGAA